GGAAGCUUAUCGGAGACCCACGUGUGGCUCGAAGCUCUGCUAAGAUGAGCCACAGGUACCUGACCAGCAGCAAUUCAAUCCACUACACAUAGAUUGGUACUUCCGUGCAUACACUUAUACUAAACCAACAUCUUCUGAUGUCCAGGUAGGCUUGUGAUAUUCCACCAAACACCAUCCCCAAUUGCGUGUUAGAGCUGAAUGAUAUAGCAAAUGACAAGCACCAAUGUUGAACAUUACAAGAGAAAGUUGAGAUACCUAGCGUUCAAGCCUGGAGGCUUACAAUUACACCUAGUCAGCAUGAACCGGCGUUUUCACGGGGGGCAUCGUUGGCAUGUCGAAGAACGCCAUCGCCGAAUGCGGGCUGCGGAGGCCGGCCGUCAGCAAGCAGCGGCUGCGCGUCCCCUCAGGGUCAUCGCUAGCCCGCCUCAACCCGUCUCAGACGUAGCUGUCGCUGGCCUGGGACUUCUAGACACUUUGCCCAACGAGGUCAUCAUGAUUGUUUUUGAAAAUUGCACUCUUCGUUCUCUCCUACGACUCGAACGUGUGAAUAAGGCUGCUAGGAAACUCGUGAGCCUCCUAGAUCGCAUCGAGUACAUAAGAGAAACUACCAAGGGCAUAAUCGAACGCGCCAAGCCACCCUACCGUCAGAUCAUGUUCACCAUCUUGAAGAUUAAGACCUAUCAAGGGUUACACGACCUCUUGACCACCUUUAUCUGCGAGAAAUGCGCCAAGCCGGGCUCGUUCCGCAUAAAAAAAGUCAAGGUUCUCUGCGAUAGCUGCUGCUCUCCAGUUAGGCCAGUAGACCGCUGAGCCGGAUGAGACUUGACCACUUUCCUUCUAUGCGUUCUUUUAUGUUCGGGAUAAUUUAGGCGGUGAUGA